AUGUGGGAGAAGACAUUUGGGAAAGUGUAUGUACGGCCAGAACGUGUGUUUCAAGUGCAGGAAGACAAACCAUCUAACCUGGGACUACCCAAUAAAGUGACCCGGGGAACCAGGAAGGAGCGGAUGACAGCUAUGGCAAGAGUAUAUUCCUUCACCCCUGUUGAUGUUGAAGCAUCAAACGAUGUAGUCACAAGCACAUUAUCGUUGUUUUCACAUCAUGCCUCCAUUUUAUUCGAUUCUAGAGCUACUCAUUCUUUCAUUUCAAAUCAUUAUGCACCUUUGGCUGAGAAGAUACCUGAACCACUAGAACCUAGUAUGUUUGUUGCUAUGCCCUCAAGAGAACUUAUCAUUUGUGAUUCUGUGCUAAUUGGAUGUUCGAUAGAGAUUCAAGGGAGAAUUCUACUUGCGAACUUAAUCAUAUUUAAUUUGUCUGGAUUUGACAUGAUUCUGGGAAUGGACUGGUUAUCCUGGAACCAUGCCUGUGUGGAUUGCUUUAAUAAGAGGAAAUCUGAGGAUUACAAGCUAGAUGGUUAUGGGGAAAUUCCAGGUUUGAGAUUUUGCAGACUUUGUGAUUGA